GGAUAUGUGUGCCUGUUUUUGAUUCCCUUGGAUUUAUAUGAGAAGAAGGGGAGAAAGCACAGUAAAAAUUGAAUAGGAAACAGCGAUUGUUGACGUGGCAGCCAUACCUUGUGCUUGAUGACUUAAGCCACACAUAUCCACUCUAACCUCCGUAACCAUUUCUCUUCUUUACUACUGCUACUGCUAUUAUAACAUAAUUAACAUUUGUAUAAGAACCCAAAACUCCUCUUCUUGUAAGUAAAUUUACAUAAUCAAGAAUACCCUGAAAGCAGAAUGGAAGCUAAGUCUAUUGUUUCAUCUGCAACCUUUACUAGCACUUCACUUUGUCCAUCCUUUUGUCCUUCUAAUCUGAAUAACAGGAAGCUUUUGCUGUUGCCUUUAAUAAAUAAUCCAAGGAGAUUGAGCAUUGGUAUCAAUCAGAAAAGUGUUAGCUUCUGUCCUAAGGCUGGUCUGAGAGGAAAUCUGGAAGCUGUUGGAGUUCCAACUUCUGUGCCAGUUAGAGUUGCACAUGAACUUCUUCUUGCUGGUCACCGGUAUUUGGAUGUCAGGACUCCUGAAGAGUUCAGUGCUGGACAUGUAGUGGGGGCAAUCAACAUUCCAUAUAUGUACAGAGUUGGAUCAGGAAUGAAAAAGAACACCAAGUUUCUGGAGCAAGUAUCUUCACAUUUUGGGAAAUAUAAUGAAAUUAUCAUUGGUUGCCAGAGUGGGAAAAGAUCUAUGAUGGCCGCAACCGAUCUCUUAUCUGCUGGUUAUACUGCUGUUACAGACAUUGCUGGGGGAUAUGCUGCUUGGACACAGAAUGGACUUCCAACAGAAAAUUGAUGUGUGUUUGUUGGAAGUAUAAUGUGUUAUGGCUACUAUAAGCCGUAGUUAACAGUCAUAAGCAGAGAAGGUGGUGAACAGAAACAGCAUAGUAACAGACAGGACAUAUUACUACCCCAGAUUAUCUUGUAAUGCAUAUUGCGCUUAUAUGGGUAGAUGUUGUCAUGGACCGUAAAUAUCAACAAAUGUACUGUUGUAAAUGUCAUUGAGAAUAAGAUGUCAACUUUGUACAAAA